AUAAGAAAAUAAACAGAGACGAGAUUUUUAAUUUUUCGUGAUUUUACGAGACUCGUAGCGAAAAAAGUCAACAAAAAUCAACUUUUAAUCGUUACCAAACGCUAAAAUCUCCUCGCACAGUCCACGAAAAAAAAAUCUCAUUCACCCAGAGACGGCCUUUCGAAGAAAUUUUUAUACGGAAAUCCUACGCACUUCUUGUUAUUUAUUUAAAUCUCAAUUGAUAAAAAUUCCUCAAACAAAAGAUGUUUCAACAAAUUUCCGUGUUGCUUGUGUGAUAUUAACCGUCAAAGAUGAAUCUACAAUCGCUGUUUCAGGAUUUUAAUCCGAGUAAAUUCAUUGUGCACACAAGUUUGCUCGUUUUCGUCGUGCUGUUCAGCUUAAAAUUAGAUAAAUUAAUUGAUUGGCCCUGGUAUUGCGUUUUCGCGCCUUUGUUUGUGUGGAAAGCCAUCGCUACACUCGGUGCGUUUGUUGGAUCAAUAAUUUGGUGUCGAAACCCGCAUUAUCGACUCGAGAAUGAUUCGUACAGCCAUUUCAAGGCGAUGCUGAUAUCGUUGUCGCUGCAUCUCAUUUUGCUGAUGUUCGAGUUGCUGGCAUGCGAUCGUCUCACGUCGCAACGUCAUUUGUGGGUUCUGGUCUUCAUCCCGUUAAUUUUCGGUUCCGUAGCGUCAGUUGGUGCCUGCGUAUGGAGCGUCAAGCACGAACGUUCCUUCGAACUUGAGCUUUUUUGUGCCGUCAAUGCGUUGCAAUUCGUCUUCCUGCCGCUGAAACUCGACGAAUUCGUGUCGUGGUCGUGGGAAGUCGUCUUCGUGCCGCUCUGGAUCGUGCUGUGUCUCAGUCUCGUUGGCGUGCUUUACAACAUCAUCUUUUGCGUGAUUCUGCUGAAAACGCAGGAAGUGUCGCCGCAACAAAAACGCACGGCUGUCAACUCGGCGAUCGGCAAUUGUUUCACGGUGCUUCCCAUUUUGGUGUUUCAGGUGCUGUUGGCUGACAAGCUCGAUGGCGACUUAAAUUUGCCUUUUAUUGCGGUAUGUGCGCCCCUCAUACUCGCCCUUUUUUCGCUCGUGUUGCUUAGUUUUAGUGCGAAAGGCGGGAAUCGUUGGUGGUUCGGCAUCCGCAAGAAUUUCAGCCAAUUUUUGCUCAGUGCGUGUCCUUGUCUGCAAGAAUACGGAAAUAUUUCGUACACGAUAGACCGCAAUCAGCAAAGCGUGCCAUUGGAAACGAACGAAUUUGAAUUUGAAAAGUACGACAAGAAGAGCAAAAAGGCUCUCAGCAAAAAAAUGGAAAGUUUGAAGCCAGUUGUGCCCAUCAUCAGCAUCGAGCUACCAGAUUAAUGACAAAAAAAACACAGGACUGAAUGCCGCUUUAAUAGCUUCGCAUUACAAUUUUGCCUCCGAUUAACAAACAAAAAAAAAAUAUUAAAAUAAUUUGCUUUAAUUUUUUUUUAACAAAAUAUUAAUUUAAAAAAAACAUAUCUUAAAGAAAAAACAAAUUGAAUUGCAAAAAAUAUUAUUUUUCAUUAAUUUUUUUUUUGUUCGAACAAUUUUAAGCAAUUUUUUUAAUUUCAACUUGUUUAAAAAAUGUGAUGAUGAAAAUUUUAGAAAAUAGUGAAACAAAAGCAAAAAAAUAUUAUGGAAAAAAUUGGAAAUAUUUAGAAUACUUAAAAAAAAAUGUUGUAAAAAAAUAGAGUGACACACAAGAGAUAAUUAUUAUAAAAUAAUUAAUUGAAUAUCUUUUAAAG